AUGAGUUUCUAAGAGAUCUCUAAGCAAAUAGAGGAGAUGACUAAUUUCCUUUUAGAAUAGGGUGAUGAUAAUUUAGUAAACACCUCUCCUACGAAUCGCGAAUAAAUAAAUCUAAUUAUACAUGAUCAAAAAGUUAAAUAGAGAAUUAAUUCUAUGCUGAAACAGAAAAAUAAACAAUAUCCCCAUCAAUAUUUGACUGUUGAAUUAGCAAGCGAAGACAAUUAUGAAAUAGAGUUGGAUUAAGAAGAUAUUAAAUAAGUUUGUGAAAAUUUUGGAGAAGUCAAAUAAGUCUAUACUAAAUUAAAUGGAGCCAUCAUAAUUAAGUUCAAUACACUUUUUGAUGCCUUCAUUGUUUAUAAACUAUUAAACAAACAUUAAAUUAAAGAAUUGGAUGUUACUAUCAAAAUUGAAUUUACAACCUAAUAAGAUCUAUUGGAAAUUAUGGAAAUACAAGACUCCAACUAAUAAAAAUUCACUUGCCGAUAUGAUGUCUAAAUUGAUAAUGACAAAGACUUCUAAGUAGCUCGCAAAAUCAUAGGAGCUAAGGGAUGCAAUAUGAAGAAAAUCAUAGAUUAAUGCUUAAUAGAUUGCGAUACAAAGGAAUUAGACCUUGUUAAACUGAGACUCAGAGGAAGAGGCUCCGGGUAUAAAGAAGGUCCUGAAAAAAGAGAAUCACAAGAACCUUUGCAUUUAUGUGUUUCAUCUAAACAUAAUCAUCUAUUUUUAAAAGCCUGUCAAUUAGUUGAGUAAUUGCUUAUAAAAAUUUAUGAAGAAUAUAAAUCAUUUGGGUUCAAUAAAGGACGCAAAUAAUCUCACUACAACAUUAAAAGAGUUCAAUAAUCAUUAAAACCAUAAAUUAAACCAAAUUUUAUGCCUGAAUUACCAAACUUCAAUUUCUCAAAUAAUUUAUUUGUUGAUUGUAACAAUGAAAAUAUCAUGGCAUAUUCAAACAUACCUAAUUAAUUAAUAUGA